UGAUGACAUUAAGAGCGAUAACAUUAAAACCGUCAAAGGCUAGACAACGUAAAAAUUAUAAAUUCUCAAAAAAUGGCUUCAUAGAGGAAUUUCAGAAUCAUCUAUAAAAAAGAUAAUUAAACUUCACUUAAAACUUCUUCAAGUAUUUCGAAUAUAAUUGAAGUUUGUUCUUCUAACUUAAAGAAAUUUUUACAAUAAACGGCUAUAAAAGUGCGGACAUUUGAAAACUCUUUCAUUUUUUUCUUAAUUUAUUUUUAAUUUUUUUUUUUAAGAGAAGAGAAGACUUUAAAACAUUUGGAGCGCACGAAAAUUUUUCAGCACACGCACAUAAAUUAUAUAUUAAAAAAAAAAAAAAAUAAGCACAAAAAUUUUCACAAACAACAUUCAUAUAAAUUCAUUUUCAGCUUUACAAGCUUCUCAAAGUAAAAACUCUCACAAAACAGAAAAGAAAAAAAAAACAGAAACGCUUUCACAAACCAGAAAAAAAUUUUUUUUUACCAAAAAUGAAUUCAACAGCAAAGCAUAUUUUACAUUGCGCUCUCCUAAUAUUUGUGAUAAUAGCAUUCGAGUUAUUCUCCGGUGGUAUUAAAAUUAAUGAAAAUUCAUUUACGCUUAUUGAUCCAUGGACUGAAUAUGGCCAAUUGGCAACAUGCCUAUUGUACUUAUUAAGAUUUUUAACAUUCUUAACAUUACCGCAGGUUCUAUUCAAUUUCUGUGGCUUAGUAUUUUAUAAUGCUUUCCCUGAGAAAGUUGUAUUAAAAGGUAGUCCAUUAUUAGCACCAUUUAUAUGUAUACGUGUUGUAACACGUGGUGAUUUUCCAGAAUUAGUUAAAACAAAUGUAUUACGUAAUAUGAAUACAUGUAUUGAUACUGGAUUAGAAAAUUUCUUAAUUGAAGUUGUUACUGAUAAAGAAAUAAAUAUUGCAAAACAUCGUCGUAUUAGAGAAAUUGUUGUACCAAAAGCAUAUAAAACAAAAACAGGUGCAUUAUUUAAAUCAAGAGCAUUACAAUAUUGUUUAGAAGAUAAAGUUAAUUGUUUAAAUGAUAAUGAUUGGAUUGUUCAUUUAGAUGAAGAAACAUUAUUAACUGAAAAUUCAGUACGUGGUAUCAUUAAUUUUGUAUUAGAUGGUAAACAUCCAUUUGGUCAAGGUUUAAUAACAUAUGCAAAUGAAAAUGUUGUUAAUUGGUUAACAACAUUAGCAGAUAGUUUUCGUGUCAGUGAUGAUAUGGGAAAAUUAAGAUUACAAUUUAAAUUGUUUCAUAAGCCAUUAUUUAGUUGGAAAGGAAGUUAUGUUGUAACACAGGUUGGUGCCGAACGUGCAGUAUCAUUUGAUAAUGGACUUGAUGGAUCAAUUGCUGAAGAUUGUUUUUUUGCAAUGCGUGCAUUCAGUCAAGGUUAUACAUUUAAUUUUAUUGAAGGUGAAAUGUAUGAAAAAUCACCAUUUACAUUAUGGGAUUUUGUACAACAGCGUAAAAGAUGGCUACAAGGAAUAUUAUUAGUUGUACAUUCAAAAGUAAUACCAUUAAAACAUAAAUUAUUAUUAGGUGUAAGCGUUUAUUCAUGGGUAACAUUACCAUUAUCAACAUCAAAUAUGAUUUUAGCUAUACUAUAUCCGAUACCAUGUCCAAAUUUAAUGGAUUUUGUUUGUGCUUUUAUAGCUGCUGUUAACAUAUAUAUGUAUGUUUUUGGCGUUAUAAAAUCAUUUUCAUUGUAUCGGUUUGGUUUAGUUAAAUUUUUAGCAUGUGUAUUUGGUGCUAUAUGUACAAUACCAUUUAAUAUUGUUAUUGAAAAUGUUGCUGUAAUAUGGGGUCUAAUUGGUAAAAAACAUAAAUUUUAUGUUGUACAAAAAGAUAUAAGACGAAUACUAGAAACUGUGUAAGAAAAAACGAAAUAAUACUUAAAAACAAAAAAAAAAAAAGAAACAAUUAUUAGAAAGAAAACCAAAAAUUAAAAAAAAAAAAAAAAUAAAUGAAAAUUAUAAAAAUUAAAUAUUAAAUAAGAUUUGUACGCAUGCAAAGCACCAUGCUUAUACAUAUGUUUGUAUUUUUGUAAAUUUUGAAAAAAGAAAUUUAAUUUUGUAAUGUUUUUUUUUUUUUUUUUUUUAAUUUUUUAUGUAAUUUGGAACACAGUAUUAUUAAAUAUGUAAAAAAAGAAAAAAGAAAACAACAAAAAGAUGUUGCAUAAAGAAAAGGAUGUUGCAUUUUUUAUGUAUCACCUUUUUUUUAUUUACUUUAUUAAAAAAGAAAAUGCUUUGUAAUUUUUUUUUAAUUACUAAAGCUUAGUGUAAUGUUAUAAUUAUAUGUAAUUAUAUGAAAGAAAUUUAUUUUUUAAUUUCUGUUCUAGUUUUGUUCAAUUUUUCCCUCAUUAUAAAUUAUUAUUUUUUAAUAAUUUAAGUUCUAAAACUGCACUGAUAAUAUGAUUACUAAACUUAGCGUCAAAAUGUGUCUGUCCAAAAUUUUGGAAAAUAGGAAAACCAAAAAAAAAAAAAUUUAAUUAUUACGAUUUU